AUGCUACCAACUCCGCCGCCAUCGCCAAUAUUAAAACAAUCAUGUUCUCCAGAUGACCGUCUGGGUCUUGUUCUGGCCGGAUGGCUCGAAUUGACCGGUGUGCUGGGAGUUGGUGCUUACGGGGUGGUCUACACAGCAAUCGAUAUACAUACCCAUGUCCCUUACGCUGUCAAGGCCUUAAACAAGGUUGGUUUGGAUUCAAGAUCCCGCAGAUUCCAGCAGAGGGAGAUUCAACUCCACCAUGAGGCGAGUCACCACCCAAAUGUGGUGUCUCUGGUAAAGAUUAUGGAAUCCGAAGACUGCACCUUUGUGGUCCUUGAGUUCUGCCCAGAAGGCGACCUUUUCUCCAAUAUCACUGAAGAGGGUCGCUAUCUUGGAAAUGAUACCAUGGCAAAGGGAGCCUUCCUCCAGAUUCUGGAUGCAGUACAAUUCUGCCAUUCUAUCGGCAUUUACCACAGGGAUUUGAAGCCUGAGAACAUUCUGGUCUCCAAUGGCGGCUGGACGGUGAAGCUUGCCGAUUUUGGUCUCGCAACACAAGAAAGUGUCACGGAUGACUUCGGAUGCGGAAGUACAUUUUAUAUGUCGCCAGGUAUGUCUGAAUUCCAGACAAUCCUGACGUAG